AUGGAAGUUUAUGGCAGAGUUGCAGAAAAGAACAAGAUCAAAAAGUCAAUAACUGAAAACCAAUCUGGUGGUGUAAAUGUUCUGCCUAUUGUAGGCAUUGCAGGUGUUGGAAAGACAACUCUCGCUCAAUUUGUGUACAAUGAUCCAGACGUGAAAAGUCAAUUUCACCACAGGAUAUGGGUUUGUGUGUCCCGCAAAUUUGAUGAAGUGAAGCUCACAAAGGAGAUGUUAGACUUUUUUCCUCGAGAAAGGUAUGAAGGAAUUAGCAAUUUUGCGAAGCUUCAAGAGAUCUUGAAAGAACAUAUCGAGUACCAAUCAAAGAGUUUUCUGCUUGUUUUAGAUGAUGUCUCGGAAAAUAUGGAUUAUCAUAAAUGGAACAAAUUCUUGUACCCUUUGAUAUCAAGUAAAGCGAAGGGUCAUAUAAUUCUAGUCACAACCAGAAAUUUGUCUGUUGCACAAAGGUUAAGAACACUUGAACCGAUCAAGUUAGGUGCUUUAGAAAAUGAUGGAAUGUGGUUAUUGCUCAAGUCAUGUGCAUUUGGUUUUGGGGACUUUAAAGGUCUGGGAAAUCUAAGUAGUAUUGGAAUGCAAAUAGCAGAGAAGUUAAAGGGCAACCCGUUAGCAGCAGUAACUGCAGGGACACUGUUAAGAGAUCAUCUUAGCGUUGAUCAUUGGAGUAACAUUCUCAAGGAAGAGAAGUGGAAAUCGUUGGGACUCCGUGGGGGCAUCAUGCCUGCUUUGAAGCUUAGCUAUGAUGAGCUACCGUACCGUUUACAACAAUGUUUCUCGUAUUGUUCUAUAUUUCCUGAAAAAUAUAGGUUUCUAGGGAAGGAUCUGGUCUAUAUUUGGAUUUCUCAGGGAUUUUUGAAUCAGACCCAUUCAAGUAAGAGAUUAGAGGAGAUAGGAUGGGAAUGUCUAAAUGAUUUGGUGAACCUGGGAUUCUUUCAGCAUCUUGAAGAGGAAGAGGACGAGGAUGAGGAAGGGGAAGAGGAAGAGGAAGAGGACGAGGAUGAGGAAGGGGAAGAGGAAGAGGAAGAGGAAUCUUUUUUAGGCAGUAAAAAUUGGUAUUCUAUGUCUGGUAUCAUGCACGAUUUUGCAAGGAUGGUUUCAAGGACUGAGUGUGCAACCAUGGAUGGUCUACAGCUUAAUAAUAUGUUACCAACUAUACGUCACUUGUCAAUUGUGACCAAUUCUGCAUAUCGCAAAGAUCAGCAUGGAACCAUACCUCGCAAUAUCAAGUUUGAAGAGAAGCUGAGAAAUACAAUUGCAUCAGUGAGGAAAUUGAGGACAUUAGUUUUAUUUGGGCACUACGACUCUUUCUUCUUCAAAUUGUUCCUUGAUAUAUUCCAAAAGGACCAGAACUUGCGUCUGCUGCAAAUGUCUGCAACAUGUGCUGAUUUUAAUUCCCUCGUGUGUAGUUUAGUAAAUCCUGCACACCUUCGAUAUCUAAAACGUGAACCUGAUGAGGUGGAUGGGGCUUUCCCUCAACUUUUGAGCAAGUUGUACCAUCUUCAAAUAUUAGAUGUUGCCUCAUACAUUGAUCCUACACCUGAUGGUAUUAAUAAUCUAGUUAGCCUGCGGCAUCUAGUUCCAGAAAACAGAGUAUACUAUUCCAUUGCUAACAUUGGUGGCAUGACAUCUCUCCAGGAGCUACAUGAUUUUAAGGUUCAGUUUGGUUCUAGCGGUUUUGAGAUAUCACAACUCCAAUCCAUGAACGGGCUUGUACGACUUGGGGUGUCUCGACUUGAUACUGUUAAAACUCGGGAAGAGGCUUAUGGAGCAGGACUAAGAAGCAAAGAAUACUUGAAAGAUCUGCGCUUGUCCUGGAAGGAUACCUUGUCACCCGAGGAAUAUGACAAAAACGAGGAGCUCUCACCAAUGGAUGAUAUUGGCUCAUGUUCUGAGCCUGCUUUGGAUAGAGUAGAAGCAAACGUGGAGCUCUUGCCAAUGGGUGAUGGUGACCAAAGUGACGAGCCUUCUUUGGAUACAGCAAGAGAGGUGCUCGAGGGACUUGAACCUCACAUGAACUUAAAGCAGCUACAUAUAUCCAGGUAUAAUGGUACCACUUCACCAACUUGGCUUGCCAAUAAUAUCUCAGUUACCUCAUUGCAGAGGCUUCGUCUUGAUGAUUGUGGAGGAUGGAGAAUACUUCCAUCUCUAGGAAGUCUUCCAUUUCUUACAAAGCUGAAGUUGAGCAGCAUGCGGGAAGUAACAGAAAUAUUGGUUCCUUCACUGGAGGAGCUAGUUUUGAUCGACAUGCCUAAGUUAGUGAGAUGCUCAAGCACGUUUGUGGGGGCUCUGAACUCUAGCUUACGAGCACUGCAAAUCGAGCAUUGUGAAGCAUUGAAGGAGUUUGAUCUGUUUGAGGAAGAUGAUAAUUCUGAAAUCAUUCAGGGAUCAUGGCUGCCUGGUCUUAGAAUUUUGAUUCUGGAUUGUUGCCCUCAUUUGAAAGUGUUGAAGCCUCUUCCACCUUCAACUACCUUGUCUAAGGUACUCAUCAAAGAACUUCCAAGGUUUCCGCAUAUCGAGGUAUCAUCUGGUGAAAAGUUAGAAAUUAGGAAUAUUGGCAAGUAUGAUUUGAGGAUACUGGAUGACAAAAUUUUGGCGUUCCACAAUCUUAGAGACCUGAAAUUGAUGGACAUAUAUGGUUGCAGAAAUCUAAGGUCUUUUUCGUUCGAAGGUUUUAGUCAUCUUGUCUCUUUAACACGUUUGGAAAUUGGAAACUGUGAGCAACUUUUCUCUUUAGAUGUGACGCCAGAGUAUACCCCUGAAGACGUGACAGCUGUGAACUGCAAUGCUUUCCCAUCUCUUAAAAGCCUCAGUAUUUGGUUAUGUGGAAUAGCGGGGAAGUGGCUAGCGCUGAUGCGGCAACAUGCUCUGGGCUUAGAGGAAUUGAGUUUAAGAAGAUGCGCACAUAUAACAACAGUACUGUUACCAAUGGAAGAGGAAGAAAACAGUCUAUUAACAACAGUACUAUCAUCAGGAAAAACAGUAGUGUCAUCAGGAAAUCAAGAUGAGGCGUUGACCUGGUUAGUUCUGUUGGAACCGCAGCCCUCUCUCACUCUCGGCUAG